CGUCGGAAGAGCGAGGGGAGUGUCAUUCAAUUUAUACUUAAGAUAUUAUUGAGUUUUUCGACGGAUUGGCGUGUUAAUAUAGUACAGAGAUGUCUUGCCGGCGAAGUGAGGCUCUGGCAUCCUCUCUUGUUACUGAGAUCAAUCUUGCAAUGGCCAAGCUUGUGGACAUAUGGGACAGCAUUGGCAUCAUGGAAGAUCAGAGGGUGGAGCGAAUGCAAACUGUGAAAAAGCAUAUAGAUGGUCUGUUGCAUUCUAUGAUCAUGGAAGAAGAGGCUUUAAGGCAUCGCAUCAAAACUGAUAUCUUUACAUCUCAGAAACAGCUAGAUACAUUGUGUUUAGAGCUGGCUUUGGAACCAUACAAACUGGAGGAAGGCCUUACAGUUCUGCAGUUGGAAAAGAAUCUGCGCUGUCAUGUCGAGUCUCUUCAGAAAGAGAAGGAUGACCGCAUGAGAGAGCUGAAUGAUCUGAGUAAGCGGGACGAGAAGUUGUGCGUUACUCUGUGUGCCACACCCUACUACAUCCCAACAGGAAGUGUGCCCUCUCGCAGCCAGCUCCAGGAACUCCAGGAGCACGUCGAGAAACUCAACAAGGAGAAGGAGGGCAGGGUGAAGGUGUUCUCUGGCCUCAGAGAGGACAUCAAGUGUCUGAUGGAUGAGAUGGGGCAUGAACCUGAGAGCAGCCUGGAAAAAGAUUCUAUCUGUCCCGAUGCUGAUAUCUUCCUGCUCACGCAUGACAACAUCAAAGCCCUCAAGCUGCUGCUUAGCCAGCUUGAAAUGAAAAAGGAAUCCUUGAUUUCAGCAAAAGACAAACUCAAGGAGCGAGCUACGAGCCUGUGGAAUCGCCUGAGUUGUCCAGAGCCGGAAGGCGAGGCAUUCCGAGAGGCUGCGAUGAGCACUCUCUCCGAUGAUAUCAGACGGUGGCGUGGAAUAGUGGAGCAUCUUGAGGAAAUGCAGAUGGCUCAGCUGGAGGUGGUGAUCGAUAAGGUCCGACAGGAGCUUGUGGUUCUGUGGGACAAAUGCAUGUUUGGCCCAGAACAGAGAGAGCCGUUCGACAUUCACUUUUGUGAUGAAACCACAGAGGAGCUGCUGGCUGUUCACGAUGAAGAGCUGCUGAGAAUGAAGGCUGUCUAUGAGACAGCACAGCCAAUACUGGAGGACCUGGAGAAAUGGAAGAGGAACUGGGCUUUUUUUCAAGAAUUUGAGAGGAAGGCUGCAGAUCCAGCUCGAUUUAGCAACAGAGGAGGAUCUUUGCUUAGAGAGAGUAAAGACAGAGCCAAAGUGCAGAAGCUGCUUCCAAAGCUGGAGGAGGAGUUGAGAGGACAAGUAGAAGACUGGGAAAACAAUAAGAGCACACCCUUCCUAGUGUAUGGGCAAAGAGUCAUGGAUUUCAUCUCUGGCCAAUGGGAAGAGCACCGCCAACAGAAAGACAAGGAGAAGAACGAACGGAUGACAAAGAAAGCAGAAACCUCGCAGUUCAAAACUCCAACGAAAAGACCUCUAGGAAUGAUGUGCGCCGCCUCCACUCCCACCCCCAAAAAAGUUAAAAAGACACCCAGUCAGCUGGCCCCUCGCUCAGCCACAGCCAGCGCUGGCAGUAGUACCAGCAGCACCAGCAGUUCAUCCACAUUUCUGUGUGUGCCAGGGAGGCCUCCACUCUCUACCAAGAGGAACAAGACUGCUGAGAGCAGCGCUGGGCCACGUACACCCCUGCAGGAGUUCAACAGCGACAAGAAGCCUGUGCCAAUGAGCUACACCGACUUUACCAGCGAGCUCUCCAGGAAGGCCAGCUUUGAUGCUUUUCUCAAUUCUACUGUCAGAGACAUGCUCUGAUCUGACAACUGUUUGGCUUUUAUGUAUUUAUUUCACUUUUUUAACGAAGCUUAGGUCAAAAAUAAUCAUGUCAGGGUUCACACUGCAGCAUAUGUGUUAACCUUCUCUCAGGUGUUUCUCUUUUCUACGUAUUAGCACUGAGCAGUGCAAUUAUUUUUCAAAUGCAUGUUUCCUCAAGGUCUUUGCUAGAUGUUUUGUUUAUUUUAGAUUGGUUUGUCAUUUACUUGUGUAUCUGCAUUAUGUAUAUAUUAUAAAAGGUCCAUUCUUUGCAUUUCUUUGUACAUACAGCACUUUUAAUAAAAAGCUUCUUUAUACAUUUCCAAUUAUUUUUUU